AUGAAUCUUUACCGCUUACUUGGGUUUGGUUCCAGUGGUAUCAAUCUUACUUAUCCUGAAGCACUUGGAUGGAGGGCACUACCGUAUGAUAACCCAAGUAAUUCAACCGACAACUUAGUAUUCGGCCUAGUACCUUGCGAGGGGCAAGUGGAUGAUGAACAUAGAGUGCGGACUUACAAAUGGGGGUUUUGUCAAGCCAAUAUUCAGGUUGACCAGGUUUCGCAAUACUCUGACCAUGAUGGCCGCAUCACCCACUCGGCUACUUUGCUGCAUGAACGGGUGGGUACUUUGGAGCUUGAUGCAGUCGCUCUUCCUUUAAACCAAGAUAACAUAUUUCAACAUCUUUGUUACGCGCAAAUGUUUGUCUAUGCCGACAUCCUCCUGGAGAUAUUCAAGUCCAUCGUUCGAGAACAUUGCGACUUAACCACUGCUGAGAAGAGGAAUCUGGUUAUGCGUGAGGGCCUGGCUACCCCUGUUCACUGGUUCAAUUUGCAAGAAGGAACUGCAGAGGUCCCAAAAUAUAUCACCUCAGAAGAUGGUUUUGAACCUGAUUCUUACACCCCAGAUUUCCUCGGCCGUCUCCUGGCCUGCUUUACACACUGGACAUACAACUAUCAUGGACGCAAAGCACUGAUAUGUGGGUUCCGUGGAUGUGAGGGUGUGAUCACCGAUCUAAUCAUAAUGGAUGAUCAGUAA